CCCACUAUGACCUGAAGAUACCUUGGGGCUUUCCAAGGGUGUGAGCUCAUGGAUGUUGAAACCUGCCACGUCCACCCACUACUGCCCAGUGCCUGGAUUUCCUGUGGGCUGAGAGACCUCAUGGGUGCCCUGUGUGGGAGGGCUUUAGUGCCUUCUGCAAGCCGCCUGCAGCUUUGAUAGCUACUUUCAUUUUCAUUUUUGUUUUCCUUGGUGCUGGGAACUGUGCCGCUCCAUCUGUGGCACAAAAAGCCUAUGCAGUGCAGAGGCUCCAGUCUCUGUCUGUGGCAGCAGCCUCCAAAAAGAGCUGUGGCUGCCUGGGCUGGGGCGCAGAGCCCAUUAACCGCAGCGCAGGAGACCCAGGCAGCAUCCAGUCUCACAGCUGGUAACUGCUCUGAUGUGUCAAGAAUCACGGCAGCCAAGCCACUCCACUGCCUUGCUCAUCCCCAAGGCCCAGGGAAGGCGAGCGCAGUGUGCCAUGUACCUGCUCCUGGCCCUGAAUGCCACAGUGCUGUACCUUGCUGAGGAGCCCCUUGUGCCCACCAUCCGUGUCUUCACCUUCCACUUUGUGGCUCUGGAGAUCAAGGAGCUGCUCAAGGGCACCUGCUACCUGGCUGAGGAGAUUUUUCACCUCCAGUCCAGCCUCUGGAGGGCCCUGAGUGCCUGCCUUCCGCUGCACUGGCAUGGGCCCAUGCUGCUCAUCUGUGGCUCAGCCUGCAUGGCUCUUCUCGAUGGAGACGGGCAGCAGCUCAGCCUCCACUUCAGCCUGGCCGGCCUGUACCAUCUCCUUGUCCUUGCUCUGGGGCUCCAUAAGUCCUCAGCAGUGGAAAUGUCUGAGAUGUCUGAGAGGUCCAAGCAGAAUGUUGCUCAUGGGCUUGCCUGGUUUUAUUACGUUGGGUACCUAAAAAUAGUCCUGCCACGGGUGAAAGAGUCAAUGGAGGAAUUCAACAAGGCCAACUGCAACAUGCCAGCAUGCAGGAAGACCUGGAAGCUCCACAUAUUGGUCCCUCUGAGCUGUGAAAUCUAUGAUGACCUGGAGAAAGCUGACAGCAAUAUCCAGUACCUGACAGACCUCACUGAAACCACCCUGACCCGAGCUGGCACCAAGAACUGGGUCUACAAACACAGCCUCUACACAGUCAGGGAUGAAGACAACAAGCUCUGGCACUGCGCAGUGGAGUAUGCCACCCCACGGUAGACCGUCUACGCCAUGUCCCAGGAUGAGUGUGCUGCCUUCAGCCGGGAGGACCGCCUGGAGCAGGCCAAGCUUUUCUACAGGACCUUGGAGGAGAUCCUGAAAGGCUCCAAGGAGUGUGCGGGUGCCUACCAGCUCAUUGCAUACAAGGAGUUAGGAGAAGCAGAGACCCACUUCUUGUCCAGAGAGAUCCUCUGGCACCUCCAGCAGCAGCGUCACAAGGAAUAUGCUGUGUAAAAGGGAAACCACCUGCAUGCUGCAUCCACGACCCUCAGCUCAACAGAGCUCAGCCUCCAGAUAAGUGAGCCAGACCUGCCGCAGCCUCUGUGAAGUGACUGCUUCUAAAGCACCAGCACUGCCCAGCCCUGCACCUCCACCCCCGAGGUGCUCCAGACCCCUUCACCAAGCCCCCUCCUCCUGCAGCAGCAAUCCCCAACCUCCAGCAGGAACUGCCCAUCAAAACCUCCUGUGCAUUAUAUUUACUGGUAAAGCAGCUGACUCAAACCACAGUCCUGUGACAUGCUUCCCAUUUUCUUUGUCAUGUAUAUCAAAUAUUAACCAGUGGGUAUCUGGGUUCUUUUUAUCUGCUUCAAUUUAUGUCAUAUAAAGCAUCUUCCUCUGGG